CUUGGAGAGUUGGCAUUGGUGGAGCCACGGCCUCCGAACCAACUACCAGUACACGUGUAUGCAUACCUCCUCUUAUCUUUGGCAUCAAUCGAACACCUCCAUCCACGCUCCAAGGCACAACUCAACAAGAUCCUAUCCAUAGCCUUCCACCAGAUACUAGUACUCCUUCGUAAGUAACUAUUGUCCUUGCCAGUGCGCCAUUGAUUGGGACAACACACGAUGGAGGAGCUAAAGCAAGAAUUUAGGAGAGAUUUGGAAGACCUAUUUACAAAGCCUACUUACUGGAAACCAGAAGCAGUCUGCUGGGGAUGCAACAAGGCAGAACCCAAGGACAAGCCCUUCGCCCAGCAGUGUCCUCGAUGCAAGGAAGAAGGCCUCGUGCCUGCACUUUUCUGCUCCCAAAAGUGCUUUAAAAAGGCUUGGCCAGAGCACAAAGAAUUUCACGAGGAGGAAGCACAAGGCGAACAGCGUAAGGAGUCUUUGAAUGGCCUUCUUCAAGUUGUCCAAUCCGAGGAAUGGCAAUCUCUAGCCAAGACAAGUGAUUAUGAUGCACUCAUUUUUGCUGCAUCAAAGAAACUGGCUGCUGCUGAUGUCGCAGGGGCAAAGCGGUUGCUUCGUAAAGCCCAAAAGCUGGAUACAAGAAGACCAGAAGCUUUCUAUGACCUUGGCACAUGCUAUAGUGAAUCAAGAAUGGAACACCAAGCUGUAUCAUGCUUUGAGGAAGCAUGUAAGCGGUGGGCCAUGGUCGGCUUGACGGGUUUCCUCGGUGAUAGCAAACUCGAAUCCCGACACCCAGAAUGGGCCAUUGACAACUGGUCCCAAACUAUUUAUAUGUUGGCCAAAAGAUAUUUGACCAAAGAACAUAACGAUCGUGUGAAGCCAGUUUGGUGGUGUCAUGAUGGAAUGCUCAAAAGAAUCACCAAGAUAGUGCUUCCGACCCUGACAGCACCUCACCAGAUUCGCGAGAUGUCACUGACCCGGGCAUAUGCUCUCUCUGGUGUUGUUAGCGGUGGGGUCUUUUGCACCUCUGCUGCUGUGCCAGAUGAUCGCACUUGUGAAGAGCUGCGAGAAGCCUCCAAACUUUUCAAAGAUGCAUCCGAGAUAGGAGGACGGGAUGCAAUCUCCGGACCCGGCGCCAGUGUGCUUUUAUCACAUUCUCAUUUCAUGUUGGAUGUUGCCUUGAGUCGCCAUGUCGCCGCAGAGAGCACUGUCAAUCCUUCGCCCCAGGCAGGUCUUUGGGUAAUCGUCCACGGACUGAAAAAUCCAUCUUGCUCUGACAUGAACACAUUAGUGGGCAGAAUCUCCAAAGAUGGAAUACAUAAUGGGCAGUUUGUUGUGCAAGUUGAUGGAAGAAGUGAGUUCAAAAUGAUCCAUCCAAGGAACCUUUUGGAGCUUCCACUGCAAGAGUGCUUUGUGGCUCUCCUAUCCUGUCUGAAUGAUGAGGACCAAUGGAAGAUUACAAGAGUCAUUGCCUUGGAGAUAUGCAUACUCUCCAUGAGACAGGUUUCGCCUGAGCCAGUUUUAAGUGUUACAACGAAGUCGAUAUCUAGUGCUCUUGCAUUUGUCUUACAUGUACCCCUGCAGCCCUUCCCGCUCUCUGUGUUGGUUGUGAUGUUCCUGUCAGCGUCCUACAAGUUUUGGAUUGCAAGCCAGCUUUAGUCGUGUGGCACCAUAAUGAUUCAUCCAAGGAACCUAGCAGAGCUUCCACUGAAAGAGCAUUCUGUGGCGCUCCUAUCCUGUCUGGAUGAUGCGGACCAGUGGAAGAAUACGAGAUUCAUUGCCUUGAAGGAACUAACCAAGAGACAAGACAAGAAUCCUUAGUUAAUGUUCAGUGUCUAUGCUCAGUGAGUUGUGUCCGAUUCAGUUCGUAAUUUGAAUGCUCUACGGAGGAUUGGAAGAAGAGUCCAUGGCCAUGGUUUUGAUUUGCUGAGUGUAGUCUUCAUCCGAGGUCUUGCGGCAAGAUGCUCUGUCCAUGAAAAGAACCUCGAUACCAGGAGUAGUGUAGAUAUUUCGCAGCCUCACAAGUUUACCUGCUACAGUAUAGAUGUUCCAAGACAUGCCAUGGAAAGGAUAGCAUAUAUCCAGUCAACCAGACAUGCACCCCAAAGACGUUGAAAGUGACCAACGAAUCUCCUUCUCCCGGCUAGCCGGUCACGAGGGUGAUGCAGCCAUGCAUAUAGUUCUUCCAGUUGUUUGAGAGGCAAAAAGCAAGUCCAAGACUAGUGUCAUCUAAGCAUGACAAUAGACUUCUGAGCCUUCAUCUAUCUCUAAUGAAGAUCCAGAUACUGGCACUGUAUUACACACAUCCACCGCAUCUUCAGCGGCUGCCAGAGCUUACAUACGGUACUGUCUGAGAGCAACGGCACUAUGCUACCAUGCAAAUCCUUGAGGUGAGAUCUGGAGGCAAACAUUUAAACUAGCUAGCUACGGUAGCUCUACUAUGGAAGGCACAGAGGUGCCGCGCCUCUCCAGAUUCUAAAGGUCCUGUUGCGGUAACAUGCUUACCAGGGGCAAUUCUUCACAAACGGGGCAGAGAAAAAGCAUCUCAGAUCCCAGCUCGAGCUUUCUUUCGGUACUACGUAACCGGCACCAAUCCGGGACUGAGGUCCC